ACCAGUCAGUCACCGCUAAUCCUCCUGCAACUCAAAGGUCACGUGAUCCAGACUGGCACAGCGCUCGGACAACCACCACUCAUCCUCCUGGGAGGAGGUGGCAGAGGGAGGAAGCUCCGAGCCUCCGGCAUGGCAGGUCUGUGAAUCACGGGUAAGAUGUAUGGUCUCAUAGCUUUAUUUUUGGGGUCUCGCUAUUUGUUCCUGCUGGGGCACAGCUAAUUUGAACUGGCGCUGGUGCCACUAAGAUCCAUCAGAUGGAGCCAGCACCACCAGUUCACCAGUUUUGAUGGCUCAGAUAAGCUGCUUGUGUGUUUUGGGGGAGGAAACUGUACUUGGGCCUGUUUACAGUAGCUUUAUAUCGUCAUAUUUAGCAUUAUAUAUUUAAUAACCUAACAUAACAGACUUAAUCUUUAUUGUGUGAUGUAAUAAACAAUUGAAGUUAAUGUGUAAAACUUUUCAAAUAUGUUACUUUUUUUUCACUAACUGAGGCAACUUAUUUUACUUUGCAAGUUAGGAUUAAAUCACUAGUGUCACUUCAGAUUAGGGAACAUAUAUUAGCAUAAAUAAAUUGUGUAUUCAUGUGUGUAUUCACAACAUACUAGCAUGCAAUUUAUAAUGUUGUUAUUUUUAAGCCUGAUUGUAUUUUACCCCGAUAUAGUUAGAGUGAAUUCACUGUGAAUAGCAUCAUAAAGUAAGUAGCAUAUUAAUAACUAAUAUGUGUUGCCCAGUCUAAGUGUUACCAAGUAUAUAUUUUGAAAUUAUUCUCAGCACUAUUAAUACUUUUCUCUGUAAAUAAAUGCGAUACUUAACAUACAUUGCACCAUAAGAAUGGUUAAAAACUUGAAAAAUAUGAAUGAAAUAAUUGUAAAUGCAACAUUGAAUUUCCCACCUAUAAGGAGACAAGUGAUAUUGACUUGAAAUUAAAUAUUAAUUCAUUGUACUUGAAAUUAAAACAUUAUGAAAUCGAAGUUGUUUAUUUACGUUGUUGUUCUUCUUGUUUUAAUCGUACGCAGCUCGCUUAAGCCACUUAAGCACAAGAGUAGUCGGAGGUGUAUUCACCUUUCAGGUAGAUUAAACCUCUAUUUUCAGCUGCAGAGUCCGGCUUAUCAAGUAACUUCUUACAGCAGGACAUGAAGUGUGCGCCUCUCUUUCGCGCUCUGACAUGAGUCCGCAGUUCGGAGGUCGUCUGAAGUGUCUCUCCCGCCCAGAGGUCAGCAGCUACCACGAGCAGCUCCGCCGGGACUUCCUGUUCCUGUGCUCGGACGGGCGGCUGGACUCGGAGAUGGUGGACACACUGGUGCUGCAGCUCAACAGGAUCUAUCCGCAGAUACUUAGCGACAAGGAGGCGCAGAGGUUCAGGAGUCUGACUGUGCCCUCAAAGGUCAGACUCGCUGAGAUGCUGAGCCACCUGCACUGGAAGGGGGAAGAGGCGUGUCACGAGUUCUACAGGGGCCUCCACAUCCACGCGGAGAACAUCUACUGUAACCUUCCAUCCAGGCUCAGACUGAAAGAGACCGCGGCGGAGCCGGACACUUACUCUCACCGAGAGAAGAGCAGAGGUCCACUGUUCUUCCUGAGCUGCUUCACUUUUGUUCUCGCCACUGCCAUCCUCUAUUACAGCGGCGAUGACGAGAGGUUCAAAUCCACCGGGCUUUUUCUUCACUGCUCUGCAGCAAGACUCAGCAAAGGCUCGAAAAAAGUAUUCAUCUACUACUCAGAUGCUUGAAAAUGGGAAGACUUGACCAACUGGUGCUGACAUGUUUGCCAAAACUCUUGUUUGAAAAGAAAAAUGUGAAAGCUCUGAAUCAAAAGGAGUCAUGACACCGAUUGUCACCAGUUUCCUGUAGUGUUUCCACAUUCCAAAAUGUGACCUGUUUUCAACCAAACAGUGCCCUGAAUCUACCACAGGUUCUCUGUGUGACAUCAUCAUCCAGUCCACUACAAACUUUACCUGCUGUUGUUCUACAAUAUGCAUCCAAAUAGGUCAUUUUAAUUUGGAUAUAGUCAGCUAAGAAACGUCCUAUAACCUCGAACAAAUCGACUUUUAUUUGCUUUACUGUCAAAGAUGACACUGAUGUGCAAGAUGAUCGACCUCAGAGUAAAUCUUGAAAUAAAUUGUAUUGUUAUUGAAGCUGUUUUUCUUUUCAACAAGCUCCUCACAGGCGCUUUGUCUUCAACAAUUUUCACACAAACUAGUGAGUUCAGCUUUAGGGCCGUCGCAACAAGGCAGGCAAAUUGAAUUAUGAAUUGAAUGCAACAAUAAAUUGUGAGCCUGCAUUUAAAUGAUCUUCAUGGUGCAGUUCAACACGGUCCAGUUUGGUCUGUACAACCCAUGUUUGCCCUUUGUUUGAUCACUUUCCUUGUUGUUCUUGGUGUCAUGUAUCAAGCGGGACCUGCUCUGUCGUCAUGGUAUCACUUCAGCAUAAGCGUGAUUCUCAGCCUGCACACAGUGUUCACCCGGUGUUUUGGAGUAUAGGAGUGCGAGAACUGUCUAUUUGGGCACCAGAACCAACCCGUGCCAGAAAUGGUUUGUGUGCGAAGUUCGUAUUUAUAACCGCCAGAUAGCGGCAUUGCGACGUAUUCAUUACUUUUUUUGGUUUACAGCUUUUUUAAAAGAUUCAAACAAAAUUUGUACUGCGUUUCAUUGACCUAAA